CAUAGAGAUUAGCUCAAAUGAGUCAGAUUUGUUUGCUAUCUUUUUCUCUUUUUUUAUCGUUCUGAUUUGAUUAGUUUUAAGAUUGUGAUUUGAGUUUGUAUUUUAAUUGUGAUUGAUUUAGUUAGAGAUGUUUGUGAGAGAAAAUAUCUGAAAUGGUUGAGUGGAGGAAGAAAGAAAAAAAAAGUAUGAUUUCAUACAUGAAAGGCUUUUUUUCAAAGCGUUCACACCCUUUGUCAAUUCACUCUUUUUAUCAAUUUCCCAAUCAAACGCAAUGUUGUUUUGCCAAACAAAUGCCAAAUGCCAACUCACAAUUCCUAUACAUACACCCACUCUCACUCUCAAACUUUCUUCUAUUUUAACUCCAAAUUUCCAUUUCGAUCUAAUCACUCUAUUUGAUUCAAUUCACUCUUUUUAUCAAUUUCCCAAUCAAACGCACUGAUUCAGAGCAUUUCAAUCAAGUCCGAGCCUCACAGUAUCGGGGCUCUUCUGGUGCAAGACUCAAUCAUCAAAACCGUGAUCCUACUGUCAAAAAGAUCCCAAUGGUUUUCCUGACCAACAAAGGAGCCUCCUCCUCUUCUUCCACUCGUCGAUGGAAGUAUGAUGUCUUUUUGAGCUUUAGAGGUGAAGAUACCCGUGCAGGUUUUACAACCUAUUUAUAUAAGGCUUUGGAACAAAAAGGCAUUAACACCUUCAUGGACAAUAAGCUUCCAAGGGGAGAAGAAAUUUCAACAGAACUUCUCAAAACAAUCGAAGAGUCAAUGGUUUUGGUUAUUGUGUUCUCUAAAAACUAUGCAGAGUCCAAAUGGUGUUUGGACGAACUUGUUAAGAUUGUUGAGUGUAGGGAAAAUGACCAAAUGGUUCUACUUCGACCGAUUUUUUAUAACGUAGAACCAAGAGAAGUACGUAAUCAAUUGGGAAACUUUGGGAUAGCGCUAGCUAACCAUGAAAAGGAGUUCAAGGAUAACAUGGGGAAGAAGCAGAGGUGGAGGGAAGCCUUAAGUAAAGCAGCUAGUGUGUCUGGAUCGCAUUAUGAGGGAGGCUGCGCAACAUAUAAAUCUGAAUAUGACUUUAUCCAAGGAAUUGUAAAAGAAAUAUCAAGUGCUAUAUUUAAUCGGAGACCAUUAUAUGAUGCUAGCUACUUGGUUGGAGUAGAUUCUCGUGUAGAGGCCAUAAAGUCACUUUUAGAUAUUGAGUCAAAUGAAGUUCGCAUGUUAGGAAUUCAUGGACUUCCUGGAGUGGGUAAGACUACAAUUGCUAACGUUGUUUAUAGCAUAAUUGCUCAUCAUUUUGAAGGAAGUUGUUUUUUAGAGAAGGUUAGAGAAAAGUCUAAAAAUGGUGACAUAAUACAAGUACAAGAGAAACUUCUUUCUAAGAUCUUACGAGAUAGCUAUUUGAAGGUAGAUCGUGAAUCCGAAGGAACCAAUUUGAUAAAGGAGAGGAUUUGCUGUAAAAAGGUUCUUUUAGUUCUCGAUGAUGUGGAUAAUUCAGAACAGAUAGAAAAAUUACUUGGAAAAUGUAAUUGGUUUGCUUCAGGGAGUAGAGUCAUUAUAACAACAAGAGACAUACAAGCGCUAACCACUCUUCCAAGAAAUCAUCUAAUUUACAAGGUUGAAGAACUGAAUCCAUGUGAAGCUCGUGCUCUUUUCAAUAUGCAUGCCUUCCACACAAAUGAACCCAAGGAAGAUUAUUCAAAACUUAUAGAGCAAAUUAUAUCUUAUGCUAAUGGACUUCCACUAGCUCUAAAGGUAAUGGGUUCUGAUUUGUGUGGUAAAAGUAUACGUAAAUGGAGAAGUGCAUUAGAAAUGUAUAAGAACAUUCAACAUGAAAAAAUUCAAGAGAUACUCAAAAUAAGUUUUAUUGGAUUGAAUAGAAAAGAACAACAUAUUUUUCUUGAUAUUGCAUGCUUCUUUAAGGGAUUCAACAAGGAUUAUGUUGUAAAGAUAUUAGAUGCUUGCAACUUAUAUCCAGAUAUUGGUAUUGGAAGGCUUAUUGAUAAAUGUCUCAUAACCGUUGACAAAUAUGGCACAUUGUGGAUGCAUGACUUGCUACAACAGAUGGGUAGAGAAAUAGUUCAAGAAGAAUCUAAAGAGCUUGAAAAUCGCAGCAGAAUAUGGUGUCAUGAGGAUGCUAAUAAAUUACUAACUGGAAAUAAGGGGUCGAAUAAAAUUCGAGGCAUAAUGUGGUGUGAACCUGAACCAAUAACAGUGUCAUUGAAAGCUUCAGCUUUCAAAAGGAUGGAAAAUCUCAAAUUUCUUAUAAUUAAUAAUGUACAAAAUUCCAAAAAACUUAAAUAUCUUUCCAAUGAGUUAAGAUUGUUUGAAUGGUCAGGAUAUCAUUUUUCCUUGCCAUCCAAAUGGUGUCCUCAAAAACUUGUUGGACUAAAGGUUUCGAAUAGUUGCAUCAGGUCAAUGAAAUUAUUCAAGCAGGGGUGCCAUUACAAAAAUUUGAAAAGUAUCGCUUUAAAUAGGUGUCAAUCCAUCACAAGAUUACCUGACUUAUGCGCUCCAAACUUAGAGACAUUGGACAUUUCAUUUUGUGAAAAUUUAAUUGAGAUUCAUGACUCUGUUGGACUUCUUGAUAAGCUUAAAGAUUGGGACCUCCAAGGCUGCACGAAUCUUCAGAUACUUCCAAGCACCCUCAAGUUGAAAUCUCUUAAAGUAUUUGAUCUAAGUAACUGCCUAAGGCUUGAGAAGUUUCCCAAUGUUCACCCUGAAAUGAAAUGUUUAAAUUAUUUAUUAUUGGAUAAUAGUAAUAUCAGAGAAUGGCCUUUAUCACUAAGAUAUCUCACCAAAGGGGUUAUCAAUUUAGAGCUAUCGAAGUGUGAAAACCUUGGGAAGGGGAAGUUUUCGGAUAGCACCAAUAAAUUGCAACUGCUUGAGGAAAUAGAUACCCCUACUGUCAACUCCUUUGAUAGUUUUUCGGGAUCUGGGUCUCUCAGCUUGACAAAUUCGCAUCUCGAUUGCUUUGGAGGAAAUAUAAUUGAUUUAGAUUUUUGGAUGAAGAAUGAUUACUUCCCGGCAUUGAGAUAUAUGCGUAUAGAUAACUCCAAUAUUGUUAGUAUCCCUAAAUGCAUUAGCAGAUUAUUUAGAUUAAAAAGGAUUUACAUAGAUAAUUGUAAGGAGCUUCGGGAAAUUCCAAGGCUUCCACAAUCUAUUAGACAUGUGGAUAUAAAGAAAUGCCCAUCAUUGCUUCCACAAUCAUCAAGUAGAUUAUUGAAUCAGUUUGGAAAAAUUCUAGGGAUUCUACCUAAUAGAGUCCGUGAAGGUGCAAGAAGCAACAUAUUAAUGGAUCUCUUUGACGAACCUGAAUCUGAUUCUGAUUCUGAUUCUGAAAUUGAGUGUGCUUAUCUUUUACUACCACGAACUAAGAUUCCAAAGUCGUUCAAAUUCAACCAUCAGAGUUUUGGAAAUUCCAUAUCAUUCAGGGUUGGUUGCAAAUUUCCAAAAUUGGCUGUCUGCGUUGCUUUUCGUUCAGCGAAGACGCAUAUACGCAGACAAUUUUACAGAAAAUUUUAUGUUCACGUUUCCAUUAAUGGUUGUAAACAGAAAUUCCAUUUUCUACCCACAGUAGAAAGAUGCGAGGAACUGUGGUUAUUUUCUAAAUCUCUUGGGCAACUGAAUAAACCAAAUCUAUCUGAACAAAAUCAGGUUGAGGUUGAGGUUGAGGUUAUAUGUAAAAAAACCAGGGACCGCAAUCACACUGAUUUUAUAAAAUGGUUCGGGGUGAAUGUAGAAUGCAUCUGCUGUCCUCAGAAAUCAGAUAUUACUUACUUGCCGCUUCCGAGUGACAGGAAUGGUUGUGGGUCAUCCUCAGUUUUGAAUGACACUGAGCUCCCACCUUUUCAACCUGCUUUCCCCACUUCUUAUGGCUCAGUUAUGGAUUGCGGGGCUUUUAACAAUGAAGGAGAUUUAGGGAAUUAAAUGGAACCACCAAAUACCGGGUUUGAACCUGGUUUGAAGGGCUUUCUUGGUUAUUUGAAUGUGUCAUUAUCGGCCCCUAAUGACUCUCAGCUCCUUGUAUUGUUACCUCUUCCUUGUGGUCCAAAUAUGGAUCAUGAGGUUUCCAAUACCGUAAAUGAUUUGAGGCUUUUGAAGGGCAUUCAUGAUGAUGGGUGCAAUUUGAGUUCGUCACUAAAUGACUCAGAUGAAAGAGAAAGUGAGCCUCCUCUGUUCCCUGAUACGACAAAUGGGUUUGACUUCGGCUUUGGCCAGCCAAAUUUGUUGUUAGGCUCAAGUGUUAGUGGUGGGUUUCAUUUGGGUUCGUCUUCAAUGGCCCAUGCCAGUGUAAACGAUGACUCUGAUUUUAAUAUGGGUCCACCACCGAAGAAAGCGAGGACAUCUUGAUCAGACUUCAAAGAAUUAUGCCUCUUUUUGUUUCCCUGAUUCCCAUCUGCUCCAACACCAAGUUAGUCCCUUUCACUUCUUGGAAACAAUCAAGUAUCUGAAUUUCUGAGGACUUCAUCAAAUGAUUGGUGUGCAUGACAAUGGACUUGCAGCUGUAGCAAGUGAUUCUAUUCAAUGCUUGUGAUCAUCAUUUCGUAAUUGGCUCAUAUGACUUCUUUGCUGGAACUGAGAUACCAAAGUCGUUCAGAUUCAACCAUCAGAGUUUUGGAAAUUCUAUAUCAUUCAGGAGGUGGUACUCUGUUUUUUAGUGCUGCUUCUUCAAGAGUUUUGGACUCUUUGGUGAACAAGGAUAGAACCUUGCUCUAAAUAUUUAUCAAGAAUGUGGGAAAUAGUCAAACUUUAUAACAUCAGCAAACUCAAUUCACUACAGAUUUUCAGAACACAAUAAUCAAUCCAAAGAGAAAUCACCACUGGGAGUUUCUGCAAAAGGUACAUUCAACCAAAUUUAAUGAAAAAUCCCGUCAUUAGUCAAAAGAGAUAGAAUCGAGUGACAAUUUGUCAACAAUGGUUUUACUUUUUGCUGCUCCACCAGAUUCCAACGCCAAGAAUCUUUUUCCCACAACGGAAAAUUUCUUGGCAGUAUAGCACAUGAACAGAUGUUGAAGGUACAAAGAGAGAGUGAAAUUAAAGGAACCAAUUGUAGCAGUUCAAAGAGUUUCUUUGCUGAUUUUUAGAUGGAUGGUGGUGUAGGUCUUUUAGCGGUUCAAAGAAUUUCUUUGUUGAUUAGUUUCAUCACAACUUUUCACUUUAGAUUUCUUUGGUAAUCCUAUCCAUGACCUUCAUUUAGCAUCCUGAUGAUAGAGUAUUGUUUACCAUGCCAUUUACAUGGUGGUGUUGGUGAUCUUUUUUGAGAGGAUUAUGAUGUAUUUAUUUUUGUUGGAUCAUGUUUCUUUCCUUCAUUUAAGUUUUUCUUUGUAAUGUGUUGUGUCUCUCUCUUUUUGUAUUUAAUCUUUUUUUUUUUCCCUAGGAGGAGGACUUGGUGAGGAUCAUAAGGCAUUUAAUUUUGGUGUAUCAUGUUUUUAAUUAUAAUUUCUUUUCUUCAGUUUUUGGACUUCUCCCUCCCAUUUGUAUGAAACAAAGUAAGUUGAAGGCUGUUUGCUCAAGCUGGGAGAAAAUUUAAUGAGAUAAUUCCUUAUUUUGCAAAA